AUGCCUCCCAAGGAUAAGAAGCCGCCAGCGCUGAAGCUGUUUAUGGUCCAGCUCAAGAACAUCCAGACGGCUUUGGACGACAUCUUCAGAUUCGUACAGAACUACCAGCCGACCUGUACUGUUAGCGCGAUCAACAUUCGUCUGCAGCGAAUUGAUGAGUUGUGGGGACGGUACGAGGAGACUUUGAAUGACAUCCAGGCUCACGAUGACUUUGAGGAUGAGGAAGGAGAGUUUGAUGCGGCUAGGUUAGGGUAUAGCGAUAAGUUCUAUGAGUGUAAGGCUUUUCUUAUGGAUAAGGUCAAGGAACUGGCGGGAGCUGAUGAUGUGGAUUCGUCGAUGCGAGGAAACGAGACGUUACCGCACGGGCAUGGUACACUUGAUCAUGUUCGUUUGCCUCAAAUCAAGCUCCAGACUUUCAACGGUGACAUCGACGAGUGGAUCAGCUUUCGUGACUUGUAUACCUCCCUCAUCCAUAGAAAGACGGACUUGCCGGAAGUGGAGAAAUUUCACUACUUGAAGGGCUGUCUUCAAGGUGAACCAAAGAACCUCAUCGAUCCCUUGAAGAUAACUAAAGCAAACUACCUAGUGGCUUGGGAUUUGCUGAUUAAGAGGUACGAUAACAGCAAGCUGUUGAAGAAGCGUCAAGUGCAAGCCUUAUUCAACUUGCCAACACUAUCUAAGGAGUCGGUAGUGAACUUGCAUUCCCUGAAGGACUGGUUCGAAAGAGUUGUCCAGCACUUGGAUCAAGUGGUUAAACCCGAGGAGUACAAGGAUCUUCUACUUGUUAACUUGCUGACAACUCGGUUGGAUCCUGAGACUCGAAGAGGAUGGGAAGAGCAUUCAUCUACCAAGGAACAGGACACGUUGGCAGACCUCACCUAUUUCAUGCGUCGUCGGAUACGAAUCCUGGAAUCACUCUCACCGAAGACUUCGGACAGCAAUAGAUCCCAUCAAUCGCAACAGCCAUGA